AAGAGUGAAAGGUAGAAAAUAUUUAAAGAAAGAGAGAGAGGAAGAAGGGAGAGAGACACCAACAGAGAGAGCGAUUGUUUAACAUGAGAACAGAGGAUUAACCUGUAGCUCUGCCGAUCUGUGACCAGCUGUCUGUCUGUCUGUCUGUCCACCUGCAGACAUGUCCUCCCGGCCUGAGAGUAAGACAGCCUCUCAGUUCGUGUCUCUCACCAUGAGACUGAAGGAUAAGCUCCACCCACAGCGGAUCAGACGCACUGAGCGAGUAAAACACACCCUGUCACAGAGGAGGAAGCCAGCUGAUCUGAACCUGCAGGAACACACACUACAUCACAAGUCGAGGUGUGUGUUGGCGGACCAACAGCGGGCCGUCAUCACUUCUCUGCAGUACUUCAAAGCUCUGGUGGACAGACUGGGACUGGACAGACCCGGAGUGGACAAACUGGUCCUGGACCAGUCUGUGGUGGGGGGUCUGCUGGGCGGGGCCUCUGGCGGGGUCCUGGAGGCGGUCCAGAUUCUGGUCCAGCUGGAGCCACACCUGCACAACAGUAAGACCGUCUCCACCUGUCUCACUCGUCUCUACCUGUCUCUGGCUCAGCUGAUUCGAUGGGCCGAUCAGGUGAUGCUGCAGGGCGUUGCCCACGACGACAAAGAGCCCACAGCCAGCGUUACCACGGUGAUCAGAGCUGUGCUGGACGGGGUCAAGCUGUUCUGUUAUUCUGUUCUGUACUUGUUGUCCUCUGGUUCUCUGUCUCCUUCUGGUCUCAUUGUCCUCUGUGUGUUGUCCUGUCCUGCUGUGUCCUCUUCUGUCCCACAACAACAAAGAUCCCGCAGUGAGUGUUACCAGCAUCUUGUCCUGUUGUGGUCUGUCUCUCCUGUCUCCUGGUUUUGUCCUGUCCUAGUAUUCGGUCCUGUUCUUCCUGUCUUCUCCCGUCUCUUGCUGCUCUGUCCCCUUGUCCUUUCUUGUUGUGGUCUCUCCUGUCCCCCGUCCUCUCCCCCAUAUAGUUUUUGUUGUUGUGUUCACCAGGAUCUAGUUCGAUUGGCUGCGGAGAGAGAGGAAGGCUCCACCCCUUUAUCUCCUGUCCAAUCGCAGCCUGCCAUGGGACAAAUGGGGGGGUUUGAUGAGCAGGAGACGUCAGACAGGAUGUCCACCUGCAGGAGUCCUGCACAGGAGGAGGACGGGGGGGAGGAGACAGUUUCAGCUCCUCCAAAACCACUCAUGCCCCUCCCCCAGGUGCCCUCCCCACAGGGACUCAGUCCUCCAGCUCUACCUCCUAAAAAGCGACAAUCAUUGCCAGGCCCCGCCUCCUGUAGGGUUGCCAUAGUAGCACCAAUGAGACGAGAGCCUGAAGUUGAAACACAGGUACAACAGGAUUGUGAGGACGACGACUAUUUAAAGCGAUGCUCUUCUUCUUCUGCAGACUCUGCUGCUGACAACACAUACUGUGAGGAGGAUCCAGACUACGACUUCCUCCACACGGACCUCUCCUCCUCUGAGACUCUCCCUCCUCUUCCUCCCCCCUCCUCCCCCCCACCCGCCCUCCCAGAGAAGAGACGACGCAGCGCUGCAGGAACGACCAACUCUGAGGCCCCGCCUUCUUUUGAGUUUGACUCCGCCCCCCAAAAACAAGUUGAUCCUGCAGAGUCUCUGUCCUCCCCCCUGUCCCCCAGCAAGACUCCGCCUCCCCUCCCUGAGAAGAAACGACACAUCCAUCAGUACCUCCAGUUCUGUUCAUCGUACAGCGCUCAGCCACCCUCCAUCUUCUAUCAGACUCCGCCCACCUUCAGACAGCGAGAGAUGGAGACUGCCUACCUGCUCACACACACACACCUGGACACAGACUCCGCCCCUUCACCUGAGCUACCUCCUGCUCCAGCUUUACCACCAAAGAAGAAACAGCAGGAUUCAGCUGAAGACGACAAACUCACCACAGAGAACCAGAGCAGAGACAGUCUGAGCUCCCAGCAGCAGGAGGAGGAGGAGGAGGAGGAGCAGGAAGAGGUGUUACUGACUGAUCGGGAGGAGGUUCUCCACAGAAUCACCAUGAAGCCUGAGGAGGAGGAGGGGCCAGACGUGAAGGCAGCCUCUCCUGACAUCCUAGUGGUCUACGCCACAGAGACUGACAUCAGCACCGAACCGGUCCUGUAUUGUGAAGCCUUCCUCUCCACCUACAGGACCUUCAUCAGACCAGAUGAUGUCAUCAGUAAACUACAGCACAGGUACAAACACCUGUGUGAAGGACGUGAACCUGAACACCUGAAAGCUGCCAAGAAGACCUUCCACCUGCUGGUCAGAGUAGUGGACGAGCUGUGUGUGAUGGAGCUGGACUCUGAUUUGCUGUUGCUGCUGAUGGACCUGGUGUUUAGCCUCCUGAUUGGUGGAGAGCUGGGCCCGGCUCACCUGCUGCGCUCCAACAUCUUGUCUAAGAUGGAGCAGAAGUGGCAGCGCAUUGGUUCUCCACAGUCACUCCGCCCCCUCGCAGCCAGGGGCGUGGCAGCCAGACCAGGAACUCUGCUGGACUUCAGGAGUCAGGAUUUAGCUGAACAGCUGACUCUGCUGGACUCUGAGCUCUUCUACAAGAUCGAGCUUCCGGAGGUGUUGCUGUGGUCUAAAGAGCAGAAUGAGGAGAAGAGUCCGAACCUGACAGAGUUCACUCAACAUUUCAACAACGUGUCCUUCUGGGUUCGUUCAGUCAUCAUCCUUCAAGACAAACCUCAGGACAGAGAGAAACUGCUACUGAAGUUCCUCAAAAUCAUGAAGCACCUGCGGAAGCUGAACAACUUUAACUCGUACCUGUCCAUCCUGUCAGCACUAGACUCCGCCCCCCUCCGACGCCUGGACUGGCAGAGGAGCACAGCUGAGGCUCUGGAGGAGUACAGCUCUUUGAUUGACAGCUCGUCAUCAUUCAGAGCGUACAGAGCAGCUCUGGCUGAGGUGGAACCUCCCUGUAUACCUUACCUGGGCUUGAUCCUUCAGGACUUGACCUUUGUCCACCUGGGGAAUCCUGACACCUUGAUGACAUCACAGGGUUCAAAGGUCAACUUCUCUAAACGCUGGCAGCAGUUUAACAUCCUCUACACUCUGAGGAGUUAUCAGCAAGCGCCGUACUCUCUGCAGCCCAACGAUGACAUCAUAUUGUUCUUCAACGACUUCAGCGACCACCUGGCUGAGGAGGCAUUGUGGGAGCUCUCUCUCAGGCUCCGUCCACGGAACACCCCGAGAACCAAUCAGAGAUGACGGAUUGAAACAGACUAAACUGGGUUAACCUGUGCUAACCUGGUCAUUACAAGGAGUUAGCCUGAUGCUAACAUGUUGAUGGUAGAGAAUGAGGACGACAAACCUGGUGCUAACCUGAACUAAACUGGUAAACUGGGCUGGAGUGAUGCUAGUCAAAGGCUAGCAGAAGGAUAGAAAGACUUGUUCAGAGCUGUUCAUACACUGGGCUAACCAUGGCUAACAGUGUGCUAACUCAUACUAGCCUACCCUUCAAAAACCUGGACCUUCAGCUGACUGAGCAGCUUCAUGUAAACAGAGGUUAGUCUGGAGCUAGCCAGGUGUUCACAUGGACUAACCUGCAUAGCUGGUGGGCGUGGCCUCUUGUCUCUGACCUCAGAACUGUACCUGUAUUCAAAGCAGACUGACACCUGUCAGCUCUCCUUAAUUUUAAUAAACCUGGAUACACCUGA